GGCCAACUGAAGUGGGAAGGGGCUCGUACAUGUCAUACAGCAUUCAAAAAACAUAAUACCUCAGUUUCGAAAUUUUACGUGGAAACAACAUUUCCUCGCCAGUAUGGCAUUGGAAGUAAAGGACCUAUAAGGUGUCAUCAAUAUAGGAAAGCUGCAGAGAUGCUUCGUCUUCUGCUACGUUACAUUUAACACAUUAAUGGUACCGACCUACGCAAUAUUUAGAGGCAAAGACAGAUAUUUACCUUACAAUUGGUGGAGUCCAUGCGAGUUGAAUGUUAGCCUGUACUUCUACGGAUCAAUAAUCUACCAGUUGGUGGUCGUAAUGAUAAGUGGAAUGAACAACUCUGGAAUUGACAUCGUGUGUUACAAGAUUUCUAAGAUAAUUUGCUGCCAAAUGGACUUGCUCAUAGGGAGGUCCACUCAGCUGAAUUUCCUGGGACAAAAUAACGUCGAACCACUAUUGAAUGAUUUGAUAAAGCAUCACUACGAAAUUAUACGAUUAGUCGAAAUACUCAAUGAUCUCUUCUCACCGAUAGCUUUAGUACAGUGUGGAACAAGUGGGCUCGCUAUAUGCUUUGUAGGAUUUCAACUUAUGGUGACAGUGGAGUCUGGUUCACCUGAAUUCGUUAUUCAAGCAGCAUACUUCUGUUGUUUGUUCGUCCAAAUAUAUUUUUAUUGUUGGUUCGGUCAGGACAUAAUGCUAAAGAGCAUAGAGAUAAGCAUUUCAUACUAUUUGACAGAUUGGUACAAUGCCUGUUCGUCAAAUGUACGGAAUCACCUCUUUUUGAUCAUGGAACGGACCAAACGACCACUUGAACUUCGCGCAGGUGGUGUAUUUCCUUUGACUUUGAGUACGCUGAUGUCGAUUCUCAGGUCAUCUUAUUCAUAUAUGGCAGUUUUACAGAGGCUCAACAAAAAGUGAUUCAAGGGUACAGAGCAGAAUCAACCCAAUUCAUCUAGUCCCGACACAUUGGUCACAUAAACAGCAUUCGACAUCAUUUACCAUCGGUGGUCUACCUAACAAGUUGUCUAGAAUAUUGU